AUGUUCUCAAUAGUUAAAAACCUCUUCGGUCGUCCUACUGCGAGUAAAGUUGAGGAGGAGUCCUCCGAUGACGACUCGGCCGGUUUUGAGAAUCCCUCUAAUCGUCAGGCCGUCACUGAGUGUGCCCUCGACUUGCUCAAGGGGGAUUUCUUCGUUUUAGAUGGUGGGGAGUGGACGAGCCUCGCCGAUGGGUUAUGCAGCGUAACCUUUGAUGAGGCCUUGAGGAAAAUGUAUGUCACACAAGAGGAGGAAGGAGUGGAAGAAGUCUUCAAUGCACAGCAGAUGGUCAACGUACAGCGUUACGACGAUCCCGACGAUGGCUAUCCGUGCGUGCAGUGGAUAGUGGUGACAAAGAGCGACAACAUGAGCGAAUGGGGCCUCAAAUUCCGAAAUGAAGAAGCAGUGAACGAAUUCGUGAGGAAAGUAGAGAUGCUAGGCCAGGCUGAGUCGACGAUUGUGGUCCAAAUCGAUGGCUUGAGUAUGAUGGCUAGAGAGGGUAAAUCGUGUGUGGGUGAUGUCGCUGAGUGUCAGUUGGAGUUUGCACGCAUGCGCAUCGAUUUGAGGAAGGACUUUGAGGCUCAUCUAGUCAUAUUCGAUCAGGCCGAUGAUAGCCUACUCUAUAGCGGUGCCAUCACUGCUGGCCUUGGCUUCAAAUAUGAAUGGCCGAAAAUCAUGUUCUUGGGCUUCUCUCCGCUAUCUUCCAAGACUCCAGUGUUGGCAAUAGAGUGUCCGACUCAUGCGGCCUUCGCCUCCCUCUGUGGUGCUCUGGACAAGGUCCAGGCUGAACGCCGUUUGAAAAAGAAAAUCCCCGGCAAGGCCGAGAAAGCGGAGGAGUUCUAUGAUGUUGAGAAUGAUAAUGAAUUAGCGGAGCGAAGCGAGGAGGUGGAGGCAUCCUCAUCUUCGUCCUCGGAUGCCUGGUCGAGUGAUGAUGAAUACGGCAGUUCGCCAGUGAAGACAUACCCUGGGAAGAAAGGUGCACGGACUGCAGGAGUGGAAAGCAACAAGUUGAUGGGCACGUCGAAGAGAGUCGGAGGAGAUAGGGCAUUCGUAUGGCGGACUAAGGUGAUGAACAGGAGGCAGGCAGCUAGACACGAAGUCGGUGGAGGUGCGAACAUGAAUGUUCUGAGGAUGGAUGCUGACGGACUGGAGCAAGUUACACAAAUUAACAAUAUUUUACACAGGGGUGAAGGCGUUUGCCCGACGGCUUGCAUGAUGCAUGAGGGAGACAACAAGAUGCUCCUCCUUGAUCAUUCUGAUCCGACUGAUGCUGAUAAGGUCCUUUGUAUGGACUUGAACGUGGGGAAAGUGGUGCAAGAAUGGAAUGCAGAUAGUAUGAGGGUCAACAACUUAGUGCCGACCUCGAAGACGGCCCAAAGUACCGGUGAGCAGUGCUUUAUGGCGAUGAAUGACAAGGCUGUGUUCGUGAUGGACCCUCGUCUCGAUUCGAGGAAGACUAAUAGAGCACAGACGUACGCGUACGCCAGUAACGUGAAGUUGAGUGCUGCUGCGACUGACGGUGGAGGGAGAUUUGCCCUCGGCAAUCGUGUGGGUGAAUACCGCUUAUUCGACGGGCAGACUAAUAAGGAGGGCCAAAUCAAGCGGUGCAAGACCCUCCUCAAGGGCACGGGUGAUCCUAUCAUCAAAGUUGACGUCACGUUCGAUGGUCGAUAUUUGUUGGGAACUACGGCGAAGUAUUUGGUGUUGAUCGACACUCAAUUGCCGGGUGGUGUCACUGGCUUUGACAAGUCCAUGGGACAGAACGCUCCUGAUUUGAUAUCAAUUAGCAUAUCACAGGAAGAUUUCGUGAAGUAUGGUCUGAAGGAUAUCAACUUCACCCCAGCGCGGUUCGAAUGCGGCCCCAGUGGAGUUGAGGAAACCAUCGUUACCACUACCGGCAGUUUGGUGGUCAGUUGGAAUCUUAAGGACGUAUUGCGAGGAAGAAUCCACAAGUAUUCAGUGAAGCCGAUGGGCGAUUACAUCGUCGCAACUGAUUCCGCACCGGGAGUCUCUGAGGGCAAUACUUCAGGGAAUGCUGUGGUUGCCAUGUGA